AUGUCACCUGCAUUUCCAGGGCCUGGAGGCAAUAACAACAAUGGUAAUGGCAACGGUAAUAAUACUGGUGCCAACCAACUCAAUGCUGAGCUAGCUGACGAGGUCACAACCACUAUCGCGUACAACCAGCUCAAACCGGACAAGAUUGGCUUCUUCUGGCCAGACCUUCGCUCGGGAUGUCAUUCGCUACGCACCAACCACGUCAAGAUAUCACCCUUGGCGAGUUCCUUGAACAACUCGAUGGCCAAGUCUACCUGUGGAAAGACCUCUCAGAUGAACGCUCCAGAGGUCGUGAUCGAGAACCGUUGGCAGAAUCGGCCGUACCAGAACAACCAAGGCCAAGGACCUCGACCCGGUCAACUACUACUGAGCGAUCGCCUUUACAAUGCUAAUAAUUGGCAUACGGACCGGUACAACUCUCGGAUACCCUGGAAUCGGAAUCGGAACAAUAACCAACAAGCUUACAUUGCUACUACCGACCCUACUACACCCAACGAGGACCAGACCGUCUACGAUGACACUGCCUUUACUGCAGAUCCACAAGACGAGUCUUCGCAGGCACCAGAUAUGUACGCCCAAUCCAACACCUAUGACGACGCCCCUUACAAUGACGAUUACGCGUACUACAGUGAUCAAAAUGAUACUCAAGGACAUGACAAUAACGACUAUGACGACAUCUACGCUUUCGAAGUACAACCCGGGGAUAUUGCCAAACCAGAUGACAAAGUCGUCGGCGAGACCACGCGCUCGGUCGUCCUGCCUACUGCUGUUGUUUCUGACAAUGACGUUGUCGAAGCGUUAUCACAAAUGUGA